UAGAACAACGCCAAGUGGAAGUGGAUACUGAAAUCGCGAAAAUGGUUUGGACGCGCCCUAAGGAAGUACCGUACCCAUCGGUUUGGCACACCUUCAAGGCCCGGGACGUGGACAGUGACCGGAUGGUGAACUACGUGGUGCAGGAUCUGCCGGAGGAGCGCUUCGAGCAAGCCAUCAACCAUAUGCUGGGGAUCUUCAUCUAUGAUGAGCCAACGUGCAAAGCCAAAAAACUCGCCGAAGAACCCCAGAGCGUGCAGGAAAUCGGUGACAUUUGGCGCGAGCUCGUCAAGGACAAGAUGGCCCUCGUUUGUUUCCGCGAAGGAUCCGAUGAAAUCGCCGGCCUCAACAUGACGUACGUUUCCUGUAAGGACGAGAAACAGGACUACAACUGUAAAGGCGACCGCUGGCGGGACGUCCUUGACUCGGUGCUUUACUUCUCCGAGCGGAGCAACAUCUACGAACGGUACCAAGUCGACGAGUACCUGGCGGCGAUGGGCCUCUCGGUGAUGCCCAAGUUCCGCGGCCGGGGACUGGCAACAGAAAUCCUCCGGGCCCGGAUUCCCCUCUGCCGGGCCGUUGGGCUGAGCUUAACUUCGACGGUGUUCACAGCCAUCGGGUCACAGGUUCCGGCCGCCAAGGUGGGAUUCGAGGAAACCUUCGUGAUGGAGUACGCCGAGCUGGCCAAGGUGAAUGCGAGAUUUGAGUUUCCCAGCAUCCAGAGCAAGUACUGUAAGAGCAUGAGCUUGAGGAUUGAAUAAAGCGAGUUUUUUUUUUCCUC